AUGUCUUUGAAGUUCAAUCCAAAAUCUCUUUCUUUGGGUUGGUAUUCGGACGACGAAAUACUGAAAAUAAGUGCUGUAGAAGUAACGCUGCCCACGUCUUUUGACAUGUUUGGCCACCCAGUUCCAGAUGGAUUGUAUGACUUGAGGAUGGGGCCUCUUAAUAUGGACUCGACGUGUCAGACAUGCAAACUGGGAUAUCUAUCAUGUCCUGGGCACUUUGGACACUACAGACUCAGCAAACCAGUUCUAAAUCCAUUGUCCUUUGAUUUUACCUACGCAUUGAUAAAAUCUUGCUGUUGUAAUUGCUUUCAUUUCAAAAUCACAGCAAACGAACGUUUUGCUUUUUAUACCAGACUAAAGGCUUUGAAGAAAGGAAUCAACAUCUCAAACAUCGAGCUCUUCGUUACUGAAAAAAGUGAGGAAAUGGUUGUAAAGGAGCUCAACGAGCUUAAGGAAAACAGAAGUGGAUAUGAAAGGACCAUACAUUGUGAUCUUGUAAGCCAAUUUAUUAGAAAAGUAAGUGGGAAAGGCACAUGUCCUCGCUGCCACUUCAAAAGUCCAAAAUUUACGAAAGCAAUGGGUAUGAGAAUUUUGAAGACAAAUCCCAGUGGAAUGUGUGACUAUGUGAAUCCCCAGCUGGUUAAGGACACUAUUUCAAAGCUGUUUGAACAUGAAAGUGUUUUAGUUUUUGAAAUGUUCAACUCUGAUAAACUGGAGAUGUUUUUUAUCAAUAUUUUGCCAAUAAUGCCCAAUAAAUUUCGACCUGCCAACUUUGUGGCAAAUAAGGUCAGUGAGUCUCCGCUAAAUUCUCAUCUUUCCAGAAUUAUACACAGCUCCGUGAUGACAGAAAACGACGAACAGCACUGGAUUGAUCUACAAUCUUCUGUGCUGUAUUAUUUUGAUAGUUCAAAGAGUGCCCGUGGCACUUAUGUAGGCCACAAGCAGAUAAUGGAAAAAAAGGAAGGACUAUUCAGAAAAAAUAUUAUGGGAAAGCGAGUAAACUAUGCCGCUCGCUCAGUUAUCUCUCCAGAUCCUAGCUUAGAAGCUAGGGAUGUUGGAAUUCCUCUUGUCUUUGCCACCCAGCUGACUUUUCCGGAAAAGGUGACGACUUUCAAUUUUGAAAAGCUCAGGAAGAUGGUAAUCAACGGUCUGCAGUAUCCCGGUGCUAAUUUUGUCCAAAACAACGGGGCGCUUAUAAAUCUAAGAUACAUUUCAUAUGAAAAUAGAAUAUCCAUUGCAAACCAAUUAUUAGAUGGUGAAAAGGUGGUUUGGAGGCAUCUUCUUACUGGGGAUCCGCUUCUAGUUAACAGACAGCCCACUCUACACAGUACCUCUCUAAUGGGGCAUCUGGCUAAAGUGCUGAAAAACGAGAAAACACUCAGGAUACACUAUGUGAACUGUAAAUCUUACAAUGCUGACUUUGAUGGCGAUGAGAUGAAUGUGCAUUUUCCCCAAGACUAUAACUCUCUAUCUGAAGUACAUCAUCUUGCCCUGAAUGAUAACAGCUAUUUUGCGCCUUCGUCGGGUGAACCUAUCCGAGGAUUGACACAAGACCAUAUCAUAGCUGCGGUCCUUCUUACGCUAAAGGAUUCGUUCUUUACCAAAGAGGAGUACAUGUCUAUGAUCGACAAUGGCAUUAGCAAUCUGAAUUACAAGAACAUCCUUCUCAAAUCUAAGUUUCUUCUCUUUUGCGAACCUUGCAUACAGUCUCCAGUGCCCUUAUAUUCCGGAAAGCAAGUAAUUACUACUGUCCUUAAGAAUUUUAAUAUUCUUAUUGAUUUUACCGUUAAAUCAAAGAUGAAAUUUGAGGGAGAAGAAGGUCAAUUCUGUGUCUUUAAAGGGGAAGUUAUAUCUGGUGUUUUAGACAAAGCCUCAGUUGGCGCCUCAGCUCAUUCUUUGAUUCAUGCAUGUGGUGAGAUUUAUGGGUAUAAACUUUGUAACGAUCUCUUCACCUGUUUUAGCAGAGUGGUUAAUAGAUACAUGAUAUAA